AUGGGUAAUACGGGAUCGAAAUCUAGCAAGAAAUCUUCGUCGGGCAAGUCUCGCGGAAGUUCGCCAUCAUCAACAACACAACCGUUCACUAGAACGGACACCGGUCAAUCGGUGAGAUCGGCGAAAUCAUCCAGAUCGUUGCGGUCGCGGCGAUCGGAGACGCUUGGUGCAGAGGGAGGCUCUAGCGCGGCGGCUGUUGACGAGCCUGCUGGCACAGCUCACGCGGGGACACCAUCAAACAGGAAGGACAACGCCCAGGGAUAUGAAGGAUCGGAGGAGGCGUUGGAGAACGAGAACCAUAAUAGCCAUUUACAACCGGGAACUCCGCAUUCGGAGAGGAGACUUUCGUCGUCAAAGAGAUCGAGUUUUACCACUGCGGACCUGCCACCUUCGAUGAUUCAAAUGGAGCCCAAGUCGCCGAUCCUGAAAAAUAGCAAUUACACGUCGGCGAGCAUUCUGAACUAUAACGAAAAUGCAUUGACCGACGACGAUGACGACCGGACCGCGGAAACCAUCAGGAAUAGCGUUUUGGGUGGCAGGAAUCAGCUAGACGUGCUGAGACACAACAAUUCACCUCGUCCCUCGAGCGUGAGAAGCGGGUCGUCUUCAAAGGCGCGUAGGAGAUCUGAUGGAGAGACGGGCCUAUCACCGGGGCAGCACCCCAUGAGCCGAUCCAAUUCACACGCGUCGUCGAUACAUAGCAGGAAGUCAUCCGGGUCGGCAGGAACAACCGCAUAUAGUACGCCGAUGAAUUCUCCUGGUGUAUUCAGGAAAAACGUUGAUGGCAUUGAUGACCAGGAUGAAGAUUAUUUUGGAGUCACAGCAUCUAAUAUCGACAAAGAUUCCAAUGCAGAUAGCGCCAGUAAUCUGGGACAGCCCAGUUCGCUUGAUACAACAACAUCAGGAGCACGCGGGCAUCGAACCGAUAUCAAGAACUUAUCGCGACGUGAAUCAACUAAUGAAUAUCCCACCAGCUUACCGAUGGAUCCAGAUCUGCCGGAUGGUUUCGUUGAUGACAAGUCGUCAAGUAAUGAUAAUACUCGUCAAUCGAUCGGUAAGAAAAAGAGGCCCGUUCGACCUUUAGAUAUAGACGAAACGAUACAAAAACUAUUGGACGCAGGUUACGCUGGCAAAAGAACUAAGAACGUUUGCCUCAAAAAUUCGGAGAUCGCACGGAUUUGCCAUAUGGCCCGUGAAAUGUUCCUAUCACAACCUUCCCUUCUGGAACUUUCGCCGCCGGUCAAGAUCGUGGGCGAUGUUCAUGGGCAAUACGCAGAUCUUCUCAGACUGUUUACCAAAUGUGGUUUCCCACCUUCAGCGAAUUUUCUGUUCUUAGGAGAUUAUGUGGAUCGCGGUAAGCAAUCUCUGGAAACAAUACUUCUGCUACUUUGCUAUAAGAUCAAGUACCCAGAAAACUUCUUUCUUCUGCGAGGAAAUCACGAAUGUGCUAACGUUACAAGAGUUUAUGGGUUCUACGACGAAUGUAAGCGUCGCUGUAACAUCAAAACGUGGAAAAUAUUUGUCGACACUUUUAACACCCUGCCGCUGGCAGCCAUUGUGGCUGGCAAGAUCUUCUGCGUUCAUGGUGGUUUAUCACCGGUUUUGAACUCGAUGGAUGAGAUCCGGCACGUUAGCAGGCCGACAGACGUUCCAGACUUUGGGCUGAUUAACGAUUUGCUGUGGUCAGACCCCACCGACUCGCCGAAUGAGUGGGAAGAUAAUGAAAGAGGCGUAAGUUACUGUUACAAUAAGGUCGCCAUCAACAAAUUUUUGAACAAAUUUGGUUUCGAUCUCGUUUGCAGGGCCCACAUGGUCGUCGAAGAUGGAUACGAGUUCUUCAACGAUAGAAGUUUAGUAACAGUAUUCUCGGCUCCGAACUACUGCGGAGAAUUCGAUAACUGGGGCGCGGUAAUGAGCGUCAGCGAGGGAUUAUUAUGUUCAUUCGAGCUGCUAGAUCCAUUGGAUGGGCCAGCUCUCAAACAGGUAAUGAAGAAGGGAAGGCAAGAAAGAAAAUUGGCAAAUCAACAACAAAUGCAAGUUCAACAGUAA